CGGACCGCGCCCAAACAAAGCUCCAUGUGCACGAGCAGGAGAAAGUUUGUUUGUUUGUGACGUAACAAAGUUUAAAAAUACUUUUAAAAUAAAUUACUAAUAAAUACUCUGAAACUGAUGGGAGCCUGCGCGGGGAACACUGAACCAGAGGAGGAGAAGUCCAGCUCAACACCUGAAGGAUGUUUCUCUGAGUGAAGGAAAGAUGGACGAAGAGCGCCAAGAAAGGAGAGAGGAGGAGGAGGAGGAGGAGACAGGACGAGGAGACGAGGACAGGACUCCGUCCAGGAGGACAGAGGAGGAGGAGGACGAGGAGGAGAUAGAAGAGAUGAAGGCCCACCCCAAAGACAAAGCACGGAGGGAGCUGAUUGGUGGACACACUCCGAUCUCCGCCUCCUCUUCCUUCACCUCGUCUCCUUUCCUUGGCCGAGGAAGGGGACAAGGAGGCGAGGAGGACGGGGAGGAAGACGAGGUCAGAGUCGCCAUAGUUACCAUUGAGGACGAGUCCUGUCCAUCAGAGCCUUUUGGCACCGCCCACCUGGAGAUGGCCAAUCAGAUCACACGGAUAGAGGAUGGAGGCGGUAAAAAGGAGGAGGAGGAGGAGGAGGAGGAGGCCAACAGUGAUGAAAGAGAGGAAGAGGAGGAGAGCACAGAGGUGACGUCACCAUCGCUUCACCUGCAGAGCCAGAUGAAGAGGAAGUUGGAUCACGGUCCGGACGGUCGGCCGUUCCCUUCAGGGAAGAAGCACUGCAAAGGCAACGGAUACCUCAGUCCCUCGGCUCUCGUCCAGGCCACGCCCACCACAUUCGGCGACCUGCGGCUGGCCAAUGGGCAUUCGGCUCAGCGGCGGCGCGUCACAUCGGGCCCACCCCCUUCUGGCCUGCAGGACUGGCUUCAUACCUUCCAGGCGUGGAGUGGUCCUGAGCGGCUAUUGGCUCUGGACGAGCUGAUCGACAGGUGCGAGACGAGCCAGGUGAAGCACAUGAUGCAGGUCAUCGAGCCUCAGUUCCAGAGAGACUUCAUAUCGCUGCUGCCCAAAGAGUUAGCGCUGUACGUGUUGACCUUCCUGGCUCCCAAAGAUCUGCUGCAGGCCGCUCAGACCUGCCGGUACUGGAGGAUCCUCGCUGAAGACAACCUGCUGUGGAGGGAGAAGUGCCGCGAGGAAGGUGUGUCGGAGUACGCGUCAUCUCGCCGCAGGAAGUGCGCGCGACCCGGUGCGGCGGUCAGUCCGUGGAAAUCGGCCUACAUCCGACAGCACCGUAUAGAAAACAACUGGAGGAAGGGAGACACGCGGGAGCCGAUGGUGUUGAAAGGUCACGACGAUCACGUGAUCACGUGUCUGCAGUUCAGCGGCGACCUGAUUGUCAGCGGCUCCGACGACAACACGCUCAAAGUGUGGUCGGCAAUCACCGGCAAGUGUCUGCGCACGUUGACGGGUCACACCGGCGGCGUGUGGUGCAGUCAGAUGGCGGUCGCCACGGUGAUCAGCGGCUCCACCGACCGGACGCUGCGUGUGUGGGACGCCGAGAGCGGCGAGUGUGUCCACACGCUGUACGGACACACCUCCACUGUGCGCUGCAUGCAUCUCCACGGCAACCGGGUGGUGUCGGGCUCUCGGGACACGACGUUGCGUGUGUGGGACGUGUCGACGGGUCGCUGCGAGCACGUGCUGACGGGUCACGUGGCGGCGGUGCGCUGCGUCCAGUACGACGGGCGCCGCGUGGUGUCGGGCGGCUACGACUACAUGGUGAAGGUGUGGGACCCCGAGACGGAGGUGUGUCUGCACACACUGCAGGGACACACCAACAGAGUGUACUCACUGCAGUUUGACGGUGCGUUCGUGGUCAGCGGUUCGUUGGACACUUCGAUCAGAGUCUGGGACGCAGAGACAGGUGGGUGUGUCCACACGCUGACGGGCCACCAAUCGCUGACGAGCGGCAUGGAGCUCCGCGACAACAUCCUCGUGUCCGGGAACGCCGACUCGACUGUGCGAGUGUGGGACGUCCGGACGGGACAGUGUCUUCACACACUGCAAGGUCCAAACAAACACCAGUCGGCAGUGACGUGCCUGCAGUUCUGCAGAGGUCUGGUUCUGUCCAGCUCCGACGACGGCACGGUCAAACUGUGGGACCUGAGGACCGGAGCCUGGCUGCGAGACGUGGUGGCGCUGCAGAGCCGCGGAUCAGGCGGCGUCGUGUGGCGAAUCAGAGCGUCCGACACUCGGCUGGUGUGCGCCGCCGGCAGCCGGAACGGGACGGAGGAGACCAAGCUGCUGGUGCUGGACUUCGACCUGGACGACAAGAAGAAAGAGACGGAGUGACGUCAUUAAACGAUGAAACCAUGAAGACUUUAUCAUUUUUCAAACGUCGCAGCCGGAUCCCGUUUCUCCAACAGUCAGACAGACUGUCUCGACGACACGUCCUGAUUGGCUGGCAGACUAAACGGAGACACUGAGAGGACGGAUGGACAAAAUGACGGAGUCACAACAAACACUUCCAUAAACAUGGACGAUGAAACAAUCAAAGGUCGCGCGCAUCAUCACGGAAUGACCUCCGGGCGCCGCGGCGACAAACGAAUGUUUUCGACGCUUUAACGGACGAAAAACGCGGACGUGAAUGUUUCCACGACGACGUGUGAAUGUUUGACAGGAAGACGAUGACGAUGGUUGAAUGUAACCGACGAGGAGGAUCCAACCAACGGAGGUCGAGGACUUUUUACUGCUGCUGAACCAAUGAGGAGGUCGCUCGUUUGAACGAACCAAUCCAAAUGAACCAAAAUCUUGAAGGUCGGAGACGCACGGGCAAUUUUUGUUUCAGAGGCAACGCAGACGGGCAACGUGUCUGAAUCACUCAGUAUUGUUUCCACACAGGGACUCAUCACGUAUCAUAUUUUUCUCCCCAUAGUUGCCGGUAAAGUUGCCCGUCUCCGUUGCCUCUAAAACAUCCCGCGGUGUGUUUCGGCCCUGCAGUACUGUAACAUACGUCGUGUUUGGAGCUGAGGGCGGGACGAGCGAGCCGGGCGGAGCCUCCGACCUGCACGAGUCAGAACAAACUGUCGUUCUUCUAAAGGCCGAGGACGAUUGUUGUUGUUACUCCAAGCUGCUCGACACUUGAAUGAAACUCUACGAGUCGCUCGCAGACCUGAUCAUUUAGCUCGCGACGUGAAUCCUCAGCGUUGCUGCCAAAAGUUGCAGGUUUAUCGCAGAAAACGUGGCAAUGGCCGAUACGGCCUCGCCACCGCAGGAAACUGCACAGGUGCAAACGAUAAAAAUUAACGCCGGCUGGAUUCCAUUUAGCUGCCUCAGCUUCAGAGUCCCGGUUUACGGAGACGUGAAGUUCUUAACGAUAAUGAACAGUGAUCAGAUCUGUAGCUUCACUCAACACUAAACCUCUCCCAGUUUAAUCACUACUCGUGUUUCUUUAAAAGCUGAAUGUAAAAUAACGUUUCUGUAGAUCUGAUUCACAUAUUUCACUUUUUUCUCUUGAAAACUCUAAACUGUACAAAAAUGAACCAACUUUACUCUGAACGCUUCUUUUUAAUGAAUUAUUUUCUGCCUGUUUUUAUACUUUAACUUGCAGCAGAUGAACUCGUGCCAAAAAAGUGCAGAGCAAUGUAAUAACAGGAAGCAAAGACGCGACGCAAGUGUCAAAUUUAACAACUACUGAAUCAUUUUCUGUGAUUUUUAAAUUUCUGAACAUUGCUGCUUUUAAUUCUCAAAUUUCUGCAAAGACAAAUUAAAAAUAACCACAAGAAAAAAGAAAUUCGAAUAAUUUCGGCCUCUCUGAGCUUCCAUCCUUUGAUUCAUCAGUUCCAGUUGAUGAAAUAUUGAAAGAAAAGAUAAAUAAUUUAAAACAACUCCCUUCACCAGAUAUUAAUCCGAUAAGCUGUCGUUGCCAGGCAACACCUCUCAGCCAAUAAGCAGCCACUUGGAGUGAUAUUUCCCCCGGCAACAAGUGUGUGUGCGAGUGUGUGUGUGUGUGUGUGUGUGUGUGUGUGUAAAGUUGACGACCUCUCUGCAGGUUUGAGGCUCCGGAGAGGCGAGACGCCGUCCUGAUGAUGUCAUCGUGUAAAAUACUGUAAAUACAAAGAAAAUGUAAAUAUUCAAGUUUUUAUAAGAAGAAAAUAUUGUUGAAAAACAGGAUGGACGAUGAAGACGAUCAAUAAAGAUGAGUUUUAUAAA